CCCGCCCAGCGAAGGAGACGACUACAUCUUCCACUGUCACCCCGCGGACCAGAAGAUCCCCAAACCCAAACGCCUGCAGGAGUGGUACAAGAAGAUGCUGGACAAAUCCGUGGCGGAGAGGAUAGUGCACGACUACAAGGAUGUGUUCAAGCAGGCGACAGAGGAUCGAUUGACGAGUGCCAAUGAGCUGCCGUACUUUGAGGGCGACUUCUGGCCCAACGUCCUGGAGGAGAGCAUCAAAGAGCUGGAGCAAGAGGAGGAGGAGAGGAAGAGGGAGGAGAACAGCACGUCCAACGAGAGUAUCGAUGAUACGAAAGGUGACAGUAAAAACGCAAAGAAGAAGAACAACAAGAAGACGAGUAAGAACAAGAGCAGUCUGAGCCGAGCCAAUAAGAAGAAGCCGGGGAUGCCCAACGUCUCCAACGACCUCUCGCAGAAACUCUACGCCACCAUGGAGAAACACAAAGAGGUGUUCUUCGUGAUUCGGCUCAUCGCAGCCCCCAUGUCGAACUCCCUGCCCCCCAUCACUGACCCCGACCCCCUGAUGGCCUGCGACCUGAUGGACGGCCGCGAUGCUUUCCUCACGUUGGCGCGGGACAAACAUCUGGAGUUCAGCUCGCUGCGUAGGUCCAUGUGGAGCUCCAUGUGCAUGCUGGUGGAGCUGCACAACCAGAGCCAGGACCGCUUCGUAUACACCUGCAACGAGUGCAAACACCACGUGGAAACACGCUUCCACUGCACCGUCUGCGAGGACUACGACCUGUGCAUCACCUGCUACAACACGAAGGGCCACGUGCACAAGAUGGAGAAGUUGGGCCUGGGUCUGGACGACGAGAGCAGCAACUCGUCAGCCGCAGCGACUCAGAGCCCCGGAGACUCACGGCGCCUCAGCAUCCAGCGCUGCAUCCAGUCCCUGGUCCACGCCUGCCAGUGCCGCAACGCCAACUGCUCGCUGCCGUCCUGCCAGAAGAUGAAGCGCGUGGUGCAGCACACAAAGAGCUGCAAGAGGAAAACAAACGGCGGCUGUCCAAUCUGCAAACAGCUCAUCGCGCUCUGCUGCUACCACGCCAAACACUGCCAGGAGAACAAGUGUCCGGUUCCUUUCUGCCUCAACAUCAAGCACAAGCUCCGCCAGCAGCAGCUUCAGCACCGGCUCCAGCAGGCGCAGAUGUUGAGGAGGAGGAUGGCCAGCAUGCAGAGGGUCGGACAGUCUGGAGGAGGAGGAGGAGGAGCUCCAGGAGGAAAUGGAUUACCUUCUCCCAGUGCAAACAACGGAUCAACAGCGCCUGGAACACCGACUUCUGUGGGGGGAACGCAGCCGCCGACACCUCAGACACCGACACAUGGGAACAUGCCCGCUCUCCCCCAGCAGCAGGGAGCCAUGGGGGGGAUGGGAGCCAUGGGAGGCAUGGGAGGGAUGGGAGGAAUGGGGCAGCAACAAGGUGGUCCUCAGCAUCACCUCCAUCAGUAUCAGCCUGUGGGAGUUGGAGGGGGGAUGAUGAACUCCCCUCAGCAGCAAAUGGUGCCUCAAAUCCAGGCUCCAAACGUCCAGCAGCACCAGGGGGUUCUUCCUCCGUACAACCCCAGACCCGCAGGAGCGUCACCUUUACGCCAGUCUCUAGGAAAACCAGGAUCCACCCCUCCCCAGCAACAGCAACAACAACAACAACAACAACAACAACAACAACAACAACAAACCAUCAUGCCGGGGCAGAACCAGCAGCAGGGGCCCCCUCUGGCUGCUGUGGAGACGGCGCUGAAUAUCCAGCGGCUCGCAGAGACCCAGAGACAGAUGGCUCAGGCUCAGGCUCAGACUCAGAUACGAGGCAUGGGUCAGGGGGGGGGGUCUGAUGCCCCAACACCCGCACCACCAGACCCCCCAGGCUCAGAUGGGCAUGCCCCCCCACAUUGGGGCACAGGGCAUGCCCCCCCAGAAUCAGGGAGUCGUCGGCAGGACUAUGUUAGAGCAGCAGGGCAUGUUAGCGGGGCUUCAGCAGCAGCAGCAGCAGCAGCAGGGCGGCCCCCCCCCAGACUCAGCUGCUGCCUCCUCAGGUGCAGCAGCAGGGUGGGGGGCCGCAGCAGUGGGGGGGGGGCGCACCAGCAGCAGCAGCAGCAGGCAGGAAUCCCUCAGCAGGCCAUGAAUCAGCAGCAAGGGGCUCGAGGGCUGAUGCAGGUGAUGGGGGGAGCUUCGGGGGUCCCAGCAGGGGCCCCGAACUCGAUAGAAGCGGUGGUGGAGUCAGCGAACACCCAGGCCGCGCUGCACGAGCUCCUGAGGACCCUGCGCUCCCCCAGCUCCCCUCUCCAACAGCAGCAGGUGCUCAACAUCCUGCGCGGAAACCCCAGCCUCAUGGCCGCUUUCAUCCGUCAGAGAGCAGCCAGGUACCAGGGGGGUCCUGGGGGGGGGCCCGGUGGGGGGGGGUCUCCUCGGGGGGGUCCACCACAGCAGGGGGGUCCUGGGGGAGGGGCGAGGUUCCCUGGAGUCCUGCCCGGUGUGGGAGUGGACGGGCAGCAGCAGCAGGUUAGCGUGAACCAGGCGGGGGUUAACAUGGCUCAGGGGGGGGCAGCGGCAGGGGGGAAUAUGCCCACCAUGGCUCAGCUUCAGCAGCUACAACAACAACACCAACAACAGCAACAACAACAACAACAACAACAACAACAGCAGCAGCAGCAGCAGCAGCAGCAGCAACGCCCCAUGCUACCUGGGAAGCUACAGCAACAGCAAAUGGCUGCAUUACAGCAGCAACAGCAACAACAACAACAACAACAACAGCAACAGGGAGCUGUGAUGCAACCACAACAACCAGGGCAACCGGGAAACAUCGGCAACAUGAAUCCACAGUUCAGAGAGCUGCUGAUGAGGAGGCAACUUCUUCAACAACAACAGCAACAACAACAGCAACAACAACAACAACAACAGCAACAGCAACAACAGCUACAACAACAACAGCAACAGAUGGGGAACCACGGGCAGUUCCAGCCUCAGCAGGGCCAGCAGGGCUUCAUGCAGCCGGGCCAGGUCUGCCCCCCCCCCUCUGCUGCACCACAGCCUGGAGGUGGAGCCCCCGCCCCCCCCCAGCAGCAGGGUGGGGGGGCCACAGCGCCCAGCCAACAGCAGCAGAGCUACACUAACAACAUGUCUCAGGUUGCUGCGGCGAUCCAGCAGCGGCUCCAGCACCAGAUGCAGCUUCAACAACAACAACAACAACAACAACAACAGCAGCAGCAGCAGAACUCAAUGAGUCAGGAUGGAGGUGGAGGUCAAAGUGGAGUUUCAGGUGGAGGACAGACCACCCAGAGCAUGCUCCACCAGAACAUCCACCAGAGGCUCCUCCAGCAGCAGCAGCAUCUCAGCGGGGGGUCUCCGGGGCAACACAGCAGCCCAAUGAGCCCACAACAACAACAACAACAACAGAUGGUUCAGUCUCCGCGGCCCCACCUUCAGGCUCAGGGCGGUUUGGGUGCAGCGGUUCGAUCUCCGCAACCGUCGCCGAGGCCUCAAUCGCAACCGCCUCGAUCCAGCCCGUCCCCCCGCAUGCAGCCGGCGUCAUCGCAACCGCAACCCCCGCAACCGUCGCCGCAUCGCAACCCCCCGCAAACAGGCUCCUCCCCUCAUCUCAUCGCGCAGCACCAUCAAAACAUGGCGCCGCCGCAGAAUCCCCCGCUUCCUCCGGAUCAGUUCAGCUCGGAGCAGAACAACAUCAUGUCUCAACUGAGCGGGAUGACGGGGAUGCAGUCGGACAUGUUAGGGGGAAACAACAACAACAAUAAUAAUAACAAUAACCCGGAGCUGCAGACGACGAACAUUAACCACAACAGUUUGGAUCUGAUGUAGCCUCGUCGCUCUCCGUCUCUGAUUUUUAAAGAAACUGCCGCGAUAUGGAGAGCGAGGCGGGACUUUUUUUUUGUUGAAGUUUUUAUUUUUUAUUUAAAUAUUUUUGUGAUGUAUAAUAAAUAAGAACUGCCUUCCUAUGGGAGAUAAAUCUUUAGAAGUCAAUAAAUGAAUAAAUUAAAAACAAUGGUAAGUUAUUGCUGUUAAUAUAUAUCUAUAUAUAUUUUUGCCAAUUGUGUACAAAGGGGGGGGGGGGGGGGGCAGUGUUUUCAGGUUGAAGAUAUUUCUUCCUUAUUAAGUCGAUAUUUUUGGGGAUUUUUUGCCUUUUUAUGAAUAUUUUUAAGAUUUUAAAUGUGGCGAAGAAUUAAAAGUGAGUGACACGAUGUACCUUUUUUUCCCCCCUUCCUCAAAUACCCAUAAUUGUAUUUUGCAGAGUAUAUUUUAUUUCUGAAUUUAUUAUUAUGUUCCCUCCCUUCUCGAUGACAUAUCUUCUGUUACAGAAAUCCUUAUUCUGUACGACACAUAUAUAGACUUUAUUUUAUAUGAUAAAGGGAGGGGAGUUAGAUCCGUUUUGUUUCAGGGUUUAUAAAUUACAGUGUUUUUUGGGGGGUGGUAUUUUUCUGCAAACAAAUCCUCCUCGCACCACUUUCUCCUCUGAAUGUGCACACCUCCCUUUUUUAUCCUGAAAGGGAGGAGGAGCCCCUGUUUUAAAGCUGGACGACGUUUAUGUACAUAUAUAUUUACAGCCUUGUUUAUAAACUGUGACAUGGAGAAGCCUGCCUGUACCCUCACAAACAGUUCCCCUUCUUUACAUCCCCGCUAAUUCAAUGUUGUACAGAAAAUGGUGGACUUAGAUACUGUUUUUGUAAUGAAAGUGAAAUUGAAAUGUAAAAAAAAUACACGCCUGUACAUACUUUUAAAAGCCGUAUAAGCAGAGGGAUUAUUUUUCUGCUGCUUGUCCCCCCUUUCUUGUUUGGAUAUUUGCUGUAUCUGUAUAAAAACACAAAAACUCCUGAGCUACUGUACAGCAUUGAGAUGAUUUUGUAAGCAGGUACAGUGGGGGGGUGUUGAAGGUCACAAGCGCCUUUUUCUGUGUAUUUUUGACAAGGUUUUUGGGAGGAAGGGGUUAUUGCAAACACACCUGAACAAUCUCACACAGGUGGAGACCGGAAAAAAGAGUUUAAAUUUAGCUUUUUAUGGACUGAAGCUCACUAUUUUUCUCACAAAAGGUUGGGCUUGCUGGGUAUAUAAGAGGGGGGGGGGGGGCAUCCGAACCAGGUGGCAAUAUAUCUUGAGACUUAUUUUGUAAGAAAACAAGGAAAAACUGUCUUUUUUAUAUAUAGAUAUAUUAUUUAAUUUUAUUUUUUUGGAAAUAAAACUUGAAGCUACAGGAAUUAUUAGAUAAAAACAAUGUCUUUGUUUUGUAUUGAAGAUGUAAUGGUGAUGCAACACGACACUGCAGACCCCCCGCGGAGAAUCUCCUGAUAUAGUUGUAAACAUACUGAAUCACUGUACAAACCCGAUGGCAACUGAACAAAUACCUUCUCUUUUCAAUCACUUCCUCUGCUCAACAGAGACUGGAAAUAAGACUUAUUUAAAUAUUUGUUUUUAGUAUUACAAAUGGAAAAACUUUGACCACUUUUUCUUUUUUUGUUAACAAUUUUUUGGUGCUCGCUGAGAGAAAGCAAAAAUAAACUGUUGCUCCAUUUUCAUUAGUUUCCUUUUUUCUAAGUUAUUUUGGUGGUCUGAUUGUUUUUUUUGCCAAUAAAUUAAUUGUACAAUAAAGUAUGUUUGUACCAUUGGAAAAAUA